CUCGGUCCCCGAACAGGUCGACCGUGCUGAGUCUGUAUAAUCAGCGGGACCGGCGCAGCGGGAAGCUCGCACAAGGCAUCGUUCCGGUCAGCACACUGCCGAUCCUGCCGUGCCGCAGUUGUCUUAUCUAUGCAUGCCGUUCUAAACAAAGAAGUCUUAAAAGUGUCAGGCAGCGGUUCGCUAGUGUCAUGAGCUCAUUCACACGCAUCUAAACCUAUCACCCUCCGCAUCUUUUCCACAUCUCGUCAAAUCUUCUCUUCUAGCGAACGUUGCUUCGCGUUUGCAACGAUAAUGGCUAACCUUUCUUUCUCCACGAUCGACAGCACGGGGAAAGACGAAGAAUCAGCUCAUGUUUCCACCCACGAUGUCAACGAGAAACUCGCAAACCAAGGCACACAAGAGGAUUCAGCGCCGUUCAAACACACCUGGUCGCUGUGGUGCAUAUUCGCGGUCCUGUGUCUGUUUUCAUUCUUGUCGGCACUCGAUGGCACAAUCAUCACAACGUCGCUCCCUACAAUCACAGGCGCAAUCGGCGGCGGUAAUGACGGCCUGUAUGUCUGGAUCGCGCAGUGCUUCAUCUUCGCGUCUACUGCGCCGCAGCCACUAUACGGCCAACUUGCGAAUAUCUUCGGCCGACGCAAUCCCUUUCUCGUCGCUAUUGCGCUGUUCACUCUGGGCAGUGGAGUGUCCGGCGGUGCGUCAAGCCCUGCCAUGCUGAUUGCCGGCCGCACCGUACAAGGCACAGGAGCAGCUGGACUCUACGUGCUGUCAGACAUCAUCAUCUGCGAUCUUGUACCCCCGCGCUAUCGCGGACCGUAUCUCACUGCAGUCCUCUCGACAGCUGGGAUCGGUUCGACAAUCGGUCCAGUUAUCGGAGGCACGAUGGCAGAGAGCAACUGGCGGUGGAUCUUCUACCUCAACGUACCCAUCUCCGUCGUUGGAGCUAUUGUCCUCAUCCUCCUGUUGAAGGUCAAUUACGUGCGCAGCCCGACCUGGGCACAUGCUCUUGCGCGCGUUGACUAUCUUGGCGCUCUCAUCUUCAUUCCGUCCACCAUCUCCAUCUUCUAUGCGCUCAUCACCGGCGGCGUAGAGCAUCCCUGGUCUUCAUGGCGCGUCAUCCUCCCCCUUGUGCUCGGUAUACUGGGCUGGGUCCUGUACCACGUGCAGCAGUCCUACAGCGCGAAUCCCAGCACUCCGUCACACCUCUUCACAAAUCGAACCUCCAUCACCGGCUUUGCACUCGUAUUCCUCAGCUCGGUCGUCCUGUACACGAUCUCUUUCUUCCUGCCGAUCUACUUCCAGGGUGUCAAGCUUGUGUCACCACUCAUGUCUGGCGUCUACUACCUACCUUUCGCGCUGGCCAUCAUUCCAUUCGCAGGCUUCUCGGGCUGGGCGUUGUCGAAAUGGGGCCAGUACAUUCCCCUGCACUACGCCGGCACGGCGCUCGUAGCCACCGGCGCAGGGCUUCUCGCGACACUCGACGGCGAAUCCUCGCACGCUGCGUGGAUAGGCCUCCAGAUCAUUCCCUCUGCAGGCAUCGCAAUGAUCUACACAGCAGCCCUUCCGAGCACGCUGGCACCACUCAAAGAAGAGGACGUUGCCACCGCCACCGCCACCUACUCGUUCAUCCGCUCCUUCGGCUUCGUCUGGGGCGUGACUAUGGGCGGCAUCGUGUUCAACGGGCAGAUCAACGCCCGCGUGCAUCUCGUGCAGGACGAAGGCCUCCAGGCGUCGCUGCGGAACGGUGCCGCAUACGCGUUUGCUGCAGGUGGUGAGCGGCUGAGCGAGAUUGCCAGCUCGGAGACGUUGGAGCAGGUGAUCAGCGUGUAUGCAGGCGCCUUGAGGGCCGUGUGGUUUGUGGUCAUGGGCGUUGGGCUACUGGCGUUUGUGCUCGUGCCGCUGCAGAGGGCGAUUGAACUGAAGAAGGAGAAUAAUACGUCGUUUAAUAUGGAGACUAAGGAUACUGGUAGUACCGAGGUGUGACGAGUUGUAAGACUUGCAGAAUGACGAGAUUCAGAAGCAUUAAGAAGCAUUAAUACAUUG